AUGUCAAAUCGAAGUUUCUGUGGAUCGAACAAAUUUUUACAGAAUUAUCGACCAAGAAAUUCUACAUAUGAUUAUGAUCGUUGUAAAUUACCAGCUAUUAAUAAUGGAAUAACAACAAUGUCUAAUAUGAAUUCAUCUAUUUGUAAAUCACCAUUAAUACGUUCUUGUGUACCUCAAAUAAAUGAAAAUUGUUCAACUCAAUAUUCAAAUCUUUACAAAAAUAAUUGUAAUACUGGAAUUACAAAUAAUUUAUCUACACAAAUUAAUUGUACAUCAUCUGGACCAGCUAUUUACAAUGCUCGAACACCUUCAUAUAAUAAUUGUAAAAUAAAUUGUCCAUCUCGUGGUAGUGCAUCAUUACAAACAUUUUCUUCACCACUUUCAACAUCAACUAUGUAUAAUGAUAUACAACAAGCACCAGUUAAUAGAUGUUGGUCUUCAAAUCAAUUUAUUGGUUGUGAUAAAACAAAUACAACGAAUACGGAUUUAAAUAAAAAUUCAAUAAUAGAUCAAAGUAAUAAUUGUCCACAACGAUCGAUGAUAUCAGGUUCAAAUGGUUUCAAUUGUUCUCAAUCAAAUUUAAAUAUAUGUACUGGACAAAAAACAAUUGUACGUGAUCGUCAUUUAGCUAAUGAAAUCCUUCAAAAAGCAGGUAUAUCAUCAAAUAUAACUUCAAAUGAUUGUCUUGAAGUAAUAACUGAUACACCUGUAACAAUAAAUGAUAACGUCAAUUGUGAUCCAGAUCCAUUAUGUAUGAAAAAACCAGCUGAUUGUCAAGAAUGUUAUGAACAAUCAAUUGUUGUUCGACAUUUACAACCACCACGACCUCCAGUACCACCACCAAUUAUUAUCCGUGAACGUUGUGCACCACAACCACCACCACAACCCCCUAUUGUCAUUCGACAAAUUCCUCCUCGACCAUCAACACCACCACCAUUAAUUAUUCGUGAAUGUCCACCACCGAUGCCUGCUUUACAAGAACCAACAAUAAUUGAACGUGAAGUUCCUCCACCACCACCACCGCCACGACAAGUUAUUGUCGAACGUUUACCAACACCACCACCAAAACCACGUUCAAUUAUUUUUGAAAAAUGGCUUCCUUAUGAAGAACCUGAAGAUCGACCAUGUAUUGUUGAAAAAGUUACUACUAAUGAAAUACCACCACCAAAAAAUCUUAUUAUUCAAUAUGAAGCACUUGAACCAAGAAUUCAAUCACAAUGUAUUAAUGAAGGUAUUUCUUGUGUUGAUCCAAAACAAUUUGUGAAUGAUACACUACCAAAUGGAAAUGCUGAAAUAUGUUAUGUUGAUCAACUUCAUAAUUUACCUGAUCAUAUAAAAUGUCAACUUAGUCCACAAGCACUUGCUGCUAUUGGUAUUAAAAAUAAUAAUAAUAAUAAAGAAAUUCCUAGUAACAAUCCAUGUGUCGUUCGUACUAAUCCACCUUGUUUCUAUCAACAACAAACUCGUAUGGGAUGUCCUUCAAUACGUCCUAUGUCAUCUCGACAUUCAAUGAUGACGAAUGCUUAUCAUUCAGCAAAAUCAUCCUAUUCUCAAUUGUGUAAUUCAUCAAUGUAUCGUCAACAACAACAACAACAACAACCAAGCAAUCGUAUUCUAUCAACAUCAUCUGUUUGUUUACCUCAAUGUUUUAAUAAAUAUAAUACAAAUAUAUUAGCACGACCAGGCAAUCAAGGUUUAACCAAUAUAACUCGAGGACAUUAUAAUCCAUGGGCAACAACAUAUCAAGUUUCAUAUACAAAUAAAGCACGAGGAAUGUGUCGUACACGUUAA